AUGGGCUGGUUCUGGGCUGAAUCUGGGAAUGGAAAUCUAACUCUUACGCAGGCUUGUACCAAAAAAGUCAAUGAAGAGGCUCUUAAAUGUCCUGUGGAUCACUUAAAGGCCCUGAAAGGGAAGUCCGUGGAAGGUUGUCCCGUCAUGCAUAACAGCAAGCCACAAGAUGGGCUGAACCCGUUAAAUCACAUCCCUGCUAAUCUUUCGCUUGAAAAACAGACCGGCCAAAAAUUGGAUCUGCCAAAAGAUCGGACCGUUAGCUCGAUCCCCAAAGGUAGCUUACAAUCAGAAGAUUUCUGGGAGUAUCCUUCUCCUCAACAAAUGUACAACGCCAUGGUUCGCAAGGGCAAGAUCGACCCCAACACGGGGGAAGAAAUUCCUGAAGAUGCCGUCGAAUCCAUGGUGUUUGUACAUAACUUUCUCAACGAAGGUUGCUGGCAGGAGAUUCUAGAUUGGGAAAAGAAAUACACAGAGAAAUUUGGCGUGGAGCCCAAAUUGUUGCAGUUCAUGGGUAAACCCUCUCAGCUCUCUCCCAGAGCUCGUUGGUUCAGUAUCCUAGGUUCAGUAUUCCCCUCUCAGUUUUCCAAGGAGCUUCCCUUUGACAGACAUGACUGGACUGUUCUUAGACCAGACCCCACAUCUUCCGAAACCGAAAACCCUGGCUUCAAGAAAGUUCGCUAUGUGAUCGAUUUCUAUGGAGGUCCAGAUGAUGAAGAAGGCCUACCCACAUUCAACCUCGACGUCCGUCCCGCUUUGGAUAACUUGACUAACGCUAAGGAUAGAUUUGCUCGCUGGACAGAACCUAUCAUCUCUGAAUAUUUUGGCAGUUAG